AGGUUAACGUCAUGUUUGUGAAAGUGCAGUUCAAAAACUCCAAGAAAUUCAUAAAGUUACAAAAUGGAUUCACUUUUACAGAUUUCAUAAAUGAAGACUGGAGCAGACUUGAAGAUAUAUGACGAGUCCCACACUGAAAUUGAUCAAGACAUUUUGGAAGAGUUGCUAGAAGCAAACCCAAAAUCAACAUUAAUCAUAAAAGAUCUUAGUGAAGAGGAAGCAACCAGCUCCACAGAUACACUGACAAGUCAUUCAUCUAGUGAACAAGAUGUACCCUCUGAAAGAUGUGCCAAAAGGCUCAAAACAUCACAGCAAGAUGACAGAGUUGGAGCAGCAGAGGAGCAAAGAUCAGCAAAGGAGAUGGUGCUUGCUGCCUUAAAAGAGAAAUCCAAAGGAGAUGAAAUUCUUGAAGAGUACAAGGCCACCGAGACUUUGUCAAAUGAAAUGAGAAGAGCGCUUGUUAACAUACUGGUGGGGCACAUGACAGAGAGGCAUGGGAGGAUUCCAACCCAGAAGCAGAGAGAGCAGUAUGCCAUUGGAAUUGUGUCUUUGUUUCCUUCAUUGAAAGACCCAUUUUCCAAGAAGGGAUAUGAGCACUUUUAUGAUGCAGCAAGCGGAAGUGGUUAUCUAGCUUGGCGUUUAAAAACCGUUCAAAGAAACCACUCUUGUCACACUGAAAGAAAGAAUAAGCCUAGCUCUGAACAAGGAGGUCCAAACAUCAGGAGAGACAUUAGCUUAGAACAUCAGCUUGAGGGAGAUGCUCUUGUGGAGGCCAUUUCACUUCUUGCUCAUACAGGAGUUGAAGAAACCAUUUUUGAAAAGAUGAGACAGACAUUUCGCUAUCGCCAGGGACUUGUUCACGAUGCUGAUACAGCAACAAAUAUUCUAAAAACCUUUCCAAGGUUUCUAGACACCAAAGGAUUAGUGAACCAAGAUUUUGUUCUUCUGUUCGAUUUGAACACAUCCUCAAAGCUCUUGGAAAGGUGGAAUGGAACCUUUAAGCCAAAAAUCAUUCAAGAAGCAAGAAACCGACGUCUCCUGAUGUCAGCUGAGAAAGCCCCUGAGAAUGCCACAGAUUCAAACUGGGACAGUGAUCUAUCCACACUGCUUUUACUGGUUCACCUUCUUCCACCAUCUGCUGGGCGAAAGAUUGCUGCAAAAAUAAGUGCCUCUGAUGCAGUUGAGAAACUUGUGGUGUUUCAUAAGUCAUGCUGCAGCAUUGAUGAGCACCUGAGGAAAAGCCAAAGUCAUCAACCAUAUCUUCUAGCCGUGGGGAGGAGUCGAGACGUGAUUGACAGCUACUACAUUGCUCUGGAUAACAAGCUCAUCCCUUGUCAGACGGCUGGUUCUCUGGGUGCUUUGGAUGAGCUCUUCAAAGUACACUACAUUUUUAAUAUAUCCUAUGACAACACUCUCAUCAACUUCUACACUUUCCUGCAGACCACGGUUUAUAACAUAGAUGUUGGAAAAACAAAAGGGGCACCAAGAGUGAAAGAACUGCGAGCUAAACUGCUGAAUAGCACCUGA